AUGUCGACUGUUGCAUACUUUUAUGAUCCUGACGUAGGGAACUUCCAUUAUGGUCCUGGACAUCCCAUGAAACCACACAGAAUCUCGCUUACUCACAGCCUGGUACUGCGAUAUGGACUGCACAAGAAAAUGAAGUUGUAUCGUCCCUACCAGGCAACUGAGCGAGAUAUGUGCCGUUUCCAUUCUGAUGAUUAUAUACAGUUCUUAAGCUCAGUCACGCCACAGAAUGUACAGAACUUCACAAAAUACCUGUCUUUGUACAAUGUCGGAGAAGACUGCCCUGUGUUUGAUGGAAUGUUUGAUUUCUGUAAGAUGUACACUGGUGCGUCACUUGAGGGAGCUGUCAAGUUGAACAAUAAUCAAUGUGAUAUUGCAAUCAACUGGUCUGGUGGCCUUCAUCAUGCCAAGAAGUAUGAGGCGUCUGGCUUUUGUUAUGUAAAUGAUAUAGUCAUUGCCAUCUUAGAACUAUUGAAAUACCACCCUCGAGUCUUGUACAUUGACAUAGACAUCCACCAUGGUGAUGGUGUUCAGGAAGCCUUCUACCUCACCGACCGUGUCAUGAGUGUCUCUUUUCACAAAUACGGCCAGUACUUCUUCCCAGGAACAGGAGACAUGUAUGAGGUUGGAGCAGAGAGUGGGCGGUACUACUCAGUGAAUGUUCCUCUGUUGACGGGCAUUGAUGAUGCUAGCUACAUGCAGGUCUUCAAGCCAAUUAUCAGUAGUGUCAUGGAGUACUACCGUCCCACAGCUGUAGUCCUGCAGUGUGGUGCAGACUCAUUAGGAAGUGACAGACUGGGAUGUUUCAAUCUUAGCAUUAAAGGUCAUGGAGAAUGUGUGGAGUAUGUGAAAUCCUUCAACCUGCCAUUGCUUGUGUUAGGCGGGGGUGGCUAUACUAAACGGAAUGUGGCUCGAUGCUGGACAUAUGAGACUGCAGUCUUACUGGAAGAGCAGAUUAGUAAUGAAAUUCCUUUCAAUGAAUAUUUGGAAUACUUUGGGCCUGACUUUUCUCUUCAUCCUGAGAUAUUCACAAAGCAAGAAAAUCAGAAUACUCGACAAUACCUGGAAAACAUAAAGUCAACCGUUCUGGACAACCUGAAGAUGCUGACCGCAGCUCCAAGUGUUCAGAUGCAAGAUGUGCCUUCUGACCUCCUGUGUUUGGAGACCACAGAGGAAACAGACCCGGAUGUGCGGAAUUCCACAGAUGAUUUAGAUAAAAG